UCUCCUAUCCCCACUACCCCUCUCUGUGGAAGCAGGAGCUGCAACAACCCCUCUGAACCAGCCGGGAUCCCAGGCUGCAAGCUUCUCUGCAGCAGUGUCCAGGGGUGGACUCUGGUACUGAGAGCUUUCUCACCGCAAUGCUAUGCCAGGCACUAGUCUCCAUCCCUUUGAGCUGGGGCCAGGGGCAGACACUGGGAGAGGGAGACUGCCUGGCACAUAUCCAGCCUCCACCAGCAGGAGCAGGGACCAGAGGAGCCAGUGUGGCCAGGAUGGGGAUCAGAGAAUUGAGAGGAGCAGCCUUCAGCAUUCAGCCUGCUAGAGCGCGGCCCGGAGCAGAGGGAAGGCGCGCUGGCCCCGCGGGCUCCGAUGCACCUGUAGCCGCCCCCUGGCAGCGGGGCCCCCUGGGGCCGGUCAGUGCCCGGCCUGAUCCGCGCAGGUGGGGCCCGAUCCUUGGAUUUACCUCCCCACGGACUGCGGAGCGGGGUUCCUGCGCUGCCUUCGGCGGGCUCCCAGGGCCGAAGGGUCCGUGCCCCGCAUCCCGCCAGCCCAGCGCUCGGAGCUACCAUGCGAGUGCCCCGGACUGCGGGCGCUGCCGGAGGUAG